CGAACCCAUAGCCCAUGGCCCAUUAGACGAACGAACGUACUGAUACUGUUUGUGGUAAAACACAGAGAGAAGCAAACUAAAGACGCAGUGCUUGCCGUCAUUUGUUUCACUCUCUCCCUCGACAUGCUUGCUUUGACUCAAUCGACACAGUUUUUGGUGUCAAACACUAGUAGCAGCAGCUGCAGCAUCGGUUAAGGUACCACUCUCUGUUUCUCACUUCUCUGACUUUCUAGUAGAGAACUAAAAUCCCAAUUACAUAGCCAAAAUGAUCAUAAAGCAACUUCUCAAACGUCACCCUCACUGUAACUCUCCCUCCUAUGCUUUCUUUGUUUACUUGAAGCUCUUCUCUUCAAUCCCAUCUACUUAUUCUUGCUCUGAUAUCGAAACCCAACUGAGGUUUCUCUGUGAUAAGUCGAAUCCUCAGAUUUCAGAGGCCGUUUCGCUUUUUCGGGGUUCCAUCGAUUCUGACCGCUUGCCUUCUGGGGUAGCCUGCAAUUUGCUUGUGCACACUCUCACAAGGUCGAAAAAUUAUGAAUUGGCGUUUUCGGUUUAUAGUAAGAUGACCCAUGUUGGUAUUUUUCCGAGUUUUAUAUCAUUGAGUUGUUUAGUUGCAUGUUUUGUUAAUACCAAUCAUGCCAAAUUCGCACCUGGGGUCUUGGGAUUGGUAUUGAAGCGUGGAUUUCAGUUAAAUGUGUAUGUUGUGAAUCUUAUGUUAAAGGGUUUGUGUUCUAAUGAUGAGGUUCAGAAGGCAAUGGAGCUGUUUAGUGUAAUGGUAAGAAAUUGUGUAACCCCGGAUAUUGUUUGUUACAACAUUCUUAUACACGGGCUCUGCAAGGCAAAAAAAUUGAAAGAAGCCACAGAAUUGUUGGUUGAUAUGGAGAUGGCAGAUUCUGACCCAAAUGUGAAGACAUACAGCACUUUGAUCGAUGGAUUUUGCAAGGAUGGCAGAGUGGAUGAGGCAAUGGGUUUGUUGGAGGAAAUGAAGCAAAAAGGUUUGGAACCGGAUGUUGUUGUGUACAGUACCCUUAUAAGUGGUUUUUGUGAUAAAGGGAGUUUUGAUAGAGGCAAAGAAAUUUUCGAUGAGAUGCUAAAGAAGGGUAUUCCUCCUAAUGUGGUUACAUAUAGUUGUUUCAUACAUAACCUCUCCAGGAUGGGAAAAUGGAAAGAAGCCAUUGCGAUGUUAAAUGAUAUGACCAAGUGUGGAGUUCGCCCUGAUACUGUUACUUAUACAGGCUUACUUGAUGGGCUUUUCAAAAAUGGAAGGGCUACAAAAGCCAUGGAGCUAUUCAAUUUAAUGUUAUUGAAGGGUGAAGAGCCUAACACUGUAACAUACAAUGUUAUGAUUGAUGGACUAUGCAAGGAAGGGUUGGUCGAUGAUGCUUUUAAGAUUUUGGAAAGGAUGAAGGGUAAGGGGAAAAAGCCUGAUGUAAUUACAUACAACACGUUACUGAUGGGACUUUCUACUGAUGGGAAGGUUGAUGAGGCCAUGAAACUUUACAGAACGAUGUCAAAAGACGAGAACUUUGUUGAGCCGGAUGUUAUCACUUAUAACAUGCUAAUUUUUGGACUCUGCAAGGAAGGCGAUCUUGAUACGGUUAUGGAGAUUUAUAAUACAAUGGUUGAAAGGGGCAUUGCUGGUAACUUAUUUACUUAUAAUGCAUUGAUAGGUGGAUGUCUACAGGAAGGAUUAGUGGGCAAGGCCAUAAAGUUCUGGAGACAUGCACUUGACUUGGGAUUUGUUCCAAACUCAAUUACUUAUAGUCUCAUGAUCAAUGGAUUUUGCAAAACUCAUAUGCUUAAGUUUGCAAAAGGACUUUUUAGCAAAAUGAGAGCUUCUGGGGUUAAUCCUACUUUGAUUGACCACAAUGUUUUGAUGCUGUACUUGUGUAAGGAGGGUAGUUUGGGGCAAGCUAGGAUGUUAUUUGAAGAGAUGAGGAGUACAAAUUGUGUUCCGAAUCUGGUCUCAUUUAAUACAAUUAUUGAUGGAACUCUCAAAGCGGGAGAUAUUAAAUCUGCUAAAGACUUGCUAGAGGACAUGUUUAAAAUGGGUUUAACUCCUGAUGCAAUUACCUUUUCCACAAUAGUAAACCGGUUUUCAAAACUUGGGCUUUUGGAUGAGGCUAAAAUAGUUCUUGAGAAAAUGAUUGCUUGUGGUCUUGAACCUGAUGCCUUUGUAUUCGAUUCUUUAUUAAAGGGCUAUAGUUCAAAGGGUGAAUCAGAAAAAAUUAUUAGUUUGCUUCAUCAGAUGGCAGACAAGGGUGUUAUUCUUGACUCAGAAAUAACUUCUACCAUCUUGUCAUGCCUCUGUCAAAUCUCAGACGAUUAUGAUGUGAUGAAAAUUCUCCCAACUUUUUCUCAAGAAACAUCGAAAGGAGGAAGCAUCUCCUGCAAUGAGCUAUUGAUGAAACUCAAUAAAUCUUACCCAGAACUUAAAUUAUAAGCUGCUUGAUGUUCUUCAUCCCAAGAGCUUCCAAUGUAGUGAGAAAUCUGCAGCCAGUGCUAUAUUAUAUUCUGUUAUAAAACAUGCUCACACAGUCAUCCAUGAUCAGGAGGUGCUGCAUUUGCAUUACAUAAUCUUGGGCAAUCCAAGAGGUGGAACAUAGAUGGAGGUUUUUUUUUUCGUAAGUGAGAAAAUGUGGCCUCAUAUUCAUGAAAAAUGACGUCAUUUCUGGCCUCUGCUUACAUGUCCACCACGUGACUGGCAUGUGUCAACGAUCUUUAAUGGAAAUUUAUCCUACCAUUAAACUUCUCUUUUGACAUAGGAAAAGCCCUUUGACAAUGCAUACGUUUUCAACAGUCAAGCAUUCCUUUGCUUUUCGACACUAGAAAAACUUAUUCGAGUACAAAGGAAGGGCAACGGAAAUUUCUACUAGCCUAUGCAUCCCGAGCUAAGAUUUUUAUUUUUUCUCUCCAUGUAGCAUGGAUUCAUUGGUCAUAGUGAAGCUGCACGGUGUGCUGAGAUUCAGAUAAAGAACUUAGUUGGGACUUGAUCCGACGUGGCAAAUCUUGGAGUCAUCUCAGCUUGCAGAUGUGGUGAAAUUUGUUUGAGGAAUGUCGUGCAGGUUGGGUGAUUACAAAAGGGGUUUACGAGUCACAAAGUAUGCAGUUGAAGGUCUAGGGAAAAAGGCAAGGCAGGCAAAAUUCGGUCGCAGGGUGUGGUAUUUUUUAAUCACAUGGAGAAAAAUAUGACUUUUGGGAUUAUUCAGGGGUGAGUAUCGAUGAACUUAUGGAUCAAGUUAGUUACUGGCAUUUUUGCUCACUACCUGUAAUUGGUGGUGAGCAUUACCACCAUAUUAAUGAUUGUGAAUGAGUUGAAUUUUUGAGGUUCAUGUAGCAGCGAGAUUAAAUCACACUCAUCCAACGACAAUGAAUACGCUCACCAAAAUUUAAAGAGAGUGGUGGGCAAAAAUGUUUUCACAUUUGCCAACAGGUUCAGCUGAAGCUGUUUCUCCGCAAAUGAUGUAACAACGCGACAUGAGGUUGUACAAAAGACAACAGAUGUGGUGCACAAUGAGGUUGUACAAAAGACAACAGAUGUGGUGCGUAUUGAGGUUGUACAAAAGACAGGUUUGCAUAACAUCAUUGCAAAAUGAGAGACCCAAAUAUGAGACCUCACACGAUAAAUAAUAUGGGAAGUUUCUUGUUUGGUUAAUCUAGAGGUGGGAUGGGGGUGGUGCAAGGUUACUAUGAUGAAACAAUUUGUAAUUAUAUUAUUUCUAAUAUUGAUGAAAUAAUUUCUAUUA